CCAGGUCACCCGGGUCUGAGGACUGCCCUGUAGCUCACUAUUUAGGAAAACUCUCUGAGCAAGUGCGUGCCAGCCCUGGUGACGUCAGUCCCGGACAGACGAAACUGCUCUCAGAUUGGAGGAAAUGAAAGGAAACCAGAAAUGAAAUCUUUGAACUAGAGCAGGCAGUAUUGAUCUGAGCACGCCAGUUUAUCUUAAAGGGAGCGGAAGGGCUGCUCACAACUUUAAAUCGGAACUCUUGAAAAACAGGCCGUGAGUGAGACAGUUCGCUGUCUGCCACCCCUACCAGCAUGAGCGGCAACAGGACAGACUUUACUGCUGGCUACCUCUCCUCUGCUGUAGCAAUUCUCUUGUAUGGCUCCAACUUCGUACCACUUAAAAAAUACGACACGGGUGAUGGGAUGUUUCUUCAGUGGGUGCUCUGUGCUGCCAUUUGGUUGGUCGCCUUGGUGGUCAACUUGAUCCUCCGCUGUCCCAAAUUCUGGCCUUUUGCGAUGCUCGGCGGCUGCAUUUGGGCAACAGGGAACAUUGCUGUCGUCCCAAUUAUCAAAACCAUCGGUUUAGGUCUUGGGAUCCUCAUCUGGGGAUCAUUUAAUACCUUAACUGGCUGGGCAAGUUCAAGGUUCGGCUGGUUUGGGAUGGAUGUGGAAGAAGUAUCGAACCCCAUGUUGAAUUACUUUGGAGCUGGGCUGUCCGUAGUAAGGUCUGCAGCCAUUACUACGUUCACCUUUUCACUGAAAGGCCACACCUGGUGGGUCCUCUUUGGAGUAUGGGAUCUGCUAGGUUUCUUCAUCACUCUUGUGAUUUGUGUUCAGGUGAUCAACACAGCUGAAGACACCUGCGCCAAUUCCUCCUGGGUGGAUAGACUUUCUGCCAAGUACCACCGCAUUGUGGGCUGCAGCCUUGCAGUGGUAUCCGGGAUACUCUACGGAUCGACGUUUGUGCCGAUCAUUUACAUCAAGGACCACAGCAAAAGAAAUGAGAGUGUGUAUGCGGGCGCUAGCCAGUUUGACUUGGACUAUGUUUUUGCACACUCCAGCGGUAUCUUUCUUACGAGUACCGUCUACUUUGUGGCCUAUUGUAUAGCCAUGAGAAAUAGGCCAAAUCUGUAUCCGGAGGCCAUCUUACCAGGCUUCCUGUCGGGGGUGCUGUGGGCCAUCGCCACCUGCUGCUGGUUCAUAGCCAACCACUCACUGAGCGCCGUGAUCAGCUUCCCGAUCAUCACUGCUGGUCCUGGACUUAUCGCUGCUCUAUGGGGUAUCUUCAUUUUCAAGGAAAUACAGGGUCUCCGAAACUACUUACUAUUGUUGCUGGCCUUCUGCAUCAUCUUGUCUGGGGCCCUGUGCACGGCUUUUUCCAAAAUCUAACCUAUUCACAACAGGACCAGCAGGUGGCAGCAGUGGCUAGAAGAGCCCCAGUCCCGAACAAGGGAAUGCCGGGGACUGCUAAACCUGCUGAAUAGCAAUGGAUCUCUGCCACUCUGGGAAUAAAUGGAUAGAUGACUGUUUAUUCCACAAACAUGAGAAUGAAGAGAGACCGUGAAAAGUCCUCCCGAUGAGCUGUUAACAAAGGCAGGACUUCUCUGGAGAGCUCAAAGACAAGCUGCGUUCUUGGAUCGCCCUGUCUGAGGGUGUUGAUUCCAUCAGUGUCCACUUCGCGUUAUAAUCCAGAUAACAGGAUGGAUUUUGUACAAAGGAAAUUGCCACCCACAUUUAUAACAUUAACGAAGAGGAGCAGAAACAAAUACUUCGUCGGCUGAGGGAAGAAACAGACUCACCUUAUGGAAUUCAGGUUCAAAGAUACCAGGGCCCUUUGCUAGAGAAAGUAAAUGUCACAGUUGCUAACUGAAUGUUUAAAAGGCCAGCUCAUUAUUUUUAGCCAAAAAUUGCUUUGACUUUAACAUUGUUCAGCUCUUAUCGUUGCCUGCCCCUCUUAGCUCAAAAUAUUUUGAUAGUUAUUCCAGAUAAAAAUCCAUCCCCAGAGAGCAAGUCACCAGCCCUCACAAUACGUUUGUGUGGUGUAAUUCACAAACACACGUAUGGUGCGCAUGGUUGCAGAUUUGGAGAACCAUUCUAGAGUUGACAGAAAUAAAGGUUUUACUUCAUCAGGUUCAAUUUAAAGGGAACAUGCUCGUUGGACUCCUAUAUUUUUGUUUCUAAAAUGCCAUUACUUAAAAUCAAUUUCAUCAGAAGUGUUUUGCUUUGAUCCUAUCUUAAAUGAUUUCCAGGAGACAAAAGGGCACAACAAAUGUAUUGAUUUGAUUCUUUAAGAAAACAACCAGCCCUGCAAGCACACUGCUUGUCACCAUGGCGUCUGUACCCUAAACAUCGCGACCGCACUUGGCUGUGCCUCGUACCCAUUCCCUCCUGAUUCUGCAGUCCUUGGCUGUGCCAUAGAAGCAGAAUAAGAGCACCCUUCACCUGACGAUGCUCCCUCUGAGUUGUGCGGCUCUGGACCUUAGCAUGUCAUGCCUCCCGUGAUGGGCCAUUAAUGAUAUCAUGUGUCUUAAAUUCUCUUGUGUGGGGUAGUUCAAUCUCUUAAGUACGUCCACUAAUGUCUUGUUGUCUGACAAACAUUCUAAAUGUGUUUGCUAAUUGUUAUUACAUGUUAAUCAAGGGGAAUCAAAGCUUAUAGAUAGGGAAAAAAAUCUUGGAACUUAUCAAAACUACUGUCCUUAUUACUCUCAUCCCUGUUUGCCUCUCCAAAUCAGAAAUGUCACUGAAUCGCUAACCCAGACAAUAUUUGAUAAUAAUGUCUUUUACCCAUUUUAGUUUUUACUUGAAAUGUCAUUAAAUUAUGUUGAUAUGACUUUUGAAUAAAUGUCUAUGACAGAAAAUCUA